AUGACUUCAUUUCAUGAUAUUUUCAAAAAUCAACGUUUCCCAGCAUCAACAACAGCUGCAUCCGCUUCAGUGAUCACCAUAGUAACACCAUCAACAGUAACAGUGACACCUGAAACGCCACAAUCAACAGUAUCAGUAACAGGAAGAACCAGUAAUAUCCCCACCGUCCGACCAUUUUAUUCCGACUGGACUGCCUGUGAUGCGACAAUGGAAGUCAACGGUCAGAGUUGCAACCAACAUCCAUGUUCAUUUGGCAAGGGAUUGUGGCGUUACCGCCUCAUUACAUCAUUACCGCCUCGGACAAAUCAACGUGCUCAUUACCGCCUCGGACAAAUCAACGGACAUUUUGUUUGCUUACCAUAA